ACAGCGGCGGCGGCGCCAUGAGGCCCGGGCAGGGGCACCGAGAUGUGCAGAGGAGUGAAUGCCCCAUGUUGUGUUAGUGCCUGUCUGCCAUGCUGGCCUGUCUGCCAGGACCAGGUGACCUCUCCUUUCAGCUUCUUUCUUACACGCAGAUGAACACUGGACUUCAGAAAUGGGACACUACACAGAAAAUGAGAUCUGCACAGUAUCCUACCCCAGCAGAAUUGGAUGCUUAUGCUAAGAAGGUCGCCAACAAUCCACUGACUAUAAAAAUUUUUCCAAACAGCGUCAAGGUUCCCCAGAGGAAACACAUACGCCGUACUGUGAACGGACUUGAUACUUCGGGCCAGAGGUACAGUCCCUACCCGUCUCAGGCCACCACAAAAACAGGCCUCCUGGCGAUAGUCAAAUCUCCAGCAAAAGGAAUUAUCAAAGACUUUGACGGGACACGCACGCGUCUGCUGCCGGAAGCGAUGAUGAAUCCCCCUUCCACACCAUACGUUGCACCUAGCACUUUAACCCACCCCCAGGCGCUUGCUCGCCAGCAGGCUCUCCAGCAUGCACAGACUUUGCCGCACCCCCAGAGUAUACCGCAGCCACAGACUUUGCAGCACCCUCAGGGUAUACCACAGCCACAAAGCUUACCGCACCCUCAGGGGAUACCGCAGCCGCAGACGCUGCCGCACCCUCAGAAUAUGCAGCAGCCGCAGGGCUUGCAGCAUCCUCAGACCAUGGCACACCAGACUCUGCAGCACCCCCCGAAUCCUUUGCUGCAGCCAGGUUUACAUGGAAGCAGAAAGAUGCCGGAUGCAGAUGCGCCGCCGAAUGUGACCGUGUCUACCUCAACCAUUCCCCUCUCUAUGGCUGCCACCCUGCAGCAGAACCAGCCACCGGACCUGAGCAGCAUUGUGCACCAGAUUAACCAGUUCUGCCAGGCCAGAGCUGGCAUUAGCACUACCUCAGUAUGUGAGGGACAGAUUGCAAACCCCAGCCCUAUAAGUCGCAACCUGCUUAUCAAUGCAAGUACCAGGGUAUCUACUCACAAUGUCCCUACACCCAUGCCUUCCUGUGUAGUAAACCCUGUCGAUCAUGCUGCUGCUGCUAUUCCUCCUGCCUCUGUUAAUGUGCCCAUGGUGAAUAUUAACAGGGUGCCGCCCGCGUACCAGAACGAAAUCAAAUCGGUUGCGUGGAACCAGCACCAGCUUGCACAUCUGCAGCAAAUGUGUGGGGAUGCUGCUGGGCCUGCUGGACUCGCAGGGAAGCACCCUCAGAGAGAGAUCGCAGGGCAGAGUUUUCCUGGCAAAACUUCAAACUACCCUCAAGAACUGUGCAUGGGCCAGUCGUUCAGCUUGAAGCCCCCCAUCGAGAAGCCUACGCCUUCUCCACCUGUGAAUGGGUUGCAGGGACCCUUGCCAUAUACCAAUGGGCACUAUUUCCAGCCCAUCUGGAAUAACAUUCUGCCCACGCCCAACAGUGACAGCUCUGGGUCCCAGGACCUCGCCAUGCCUUUCCACGGGGGACAGCCAGCAGGAGCGCCGCUAGAUUGUGCAGGAGGAACUCAUUACAGAGCUGGAGCUGGCCCAUCCAGCCAGAAUAAUGUGAUGCAGACCAUGGAUUACCUAAGCGGGGACUUCCAGCAGUCCUGCUUCAGAGAUCAGAGCAUGGCCGUGCUGGGAAAAGUCCAUCGGCCUCCCAUGAACCGAGCACCUGAACCAACCGAUAGUCGAAAUCUUCAUAUUCAACACCCAGGGUAUAGAUAGGCUGCAGUCACUUUCACAGACAAAAAUUAUAGGUUUAGUCUUAAUUUUAAUUAAUAAGCAAGGCAUUUUUAACUUGCAAACUUGUGUGAUCAUUAUAGUAACCAUUGGAAGAAGACAUACUGUAUAUUUAAAAGCUUUGCUUACAUGUUAUCUAUCUCCUUUAUGCAUCAAAUAUUUAACAUGCCUUUUGUGUCAAAGAAUUUCAUUACACUACUUCACGCCACAGCUGUUUCCUCACCGCAGAAUCCCCUUUGUGCAGCUUCUGCCUUCUGCUUAGUAGCUCCUUGCUGGACUGAUGUUGAGUUGCUGCAGGGUUUCACAGUUGCAUCUGUUCGCCAGCUCCAUCAAGAGCGAGGUAGCGUAGCUGCUUAAAUUUCCAUCUCAAUUUCCUCUGAAGAUUAAGAGCAACAGAAUUUGUCAGGAAGCAGGGCUUAUUUUCAACUCGAAAGCCCAUUUCAUUAAUGCAUUAAACAUUGACCAUUUGCACUGUCUAGAGGCCUGUUUAAUUGAAAAAGAAGCCUACAUUUGAAAAGAGCUAGCUAGGGGUAUGUAUUUAGGCAUUAAUAUAGGAAGAAGCUUUUCAGCUGUUUCUUGCCGAGACACCCACAUUUAUCGUUUAGACUUUGUCCAAAGUCAAAAGUCUCUUGCAGAUUUUUCUGACACUUUUUUUUUUUGCAGACAGGGUAUGGAGGAGGGGGGAAUGGCGGUUUUAGGACGUAGGCAGCAUAGCUGCCAUAGGUAGCUGCUUGUUUCUGCAUCGUAUUUCCCUUCCCUGCUCCCCUUUUGCCAGCGUAAGAGCUAACUUUGUCUGAACCCCUCGCUGCUAGGAGUCUGGCCGUCCUGAUGUGAAGGGAAACCAGACCCACUGACGACUCCAAAAAGGGUUCAGCCGCUUCUCCAGUAGCUAGAAUGAAUUUCGGGGCGAGGAGACGUAACUCGAGCUCGUCUCCGGUGCAAUGAGCGGGCGCGCGGGGCGGUGUGGCACGGUCCCGUUGCGGCAGCAGUACCGAUGGGACGGGAGGCGGUUGAUCUGAAGCGAAGCUCCGCUCGUGAGCCACUGUGGGACCGACGGUCCCGUAUUCCUCUCCAUCAAAACGCCACAGCAGAUUUAAUGGAACAAUUCUCCUCUCUGGGAAUUAGCGAAGCUAUUUAUAACAUCCCUUUUUCCCAGGGUCUCGGUGCCUAACUCCUUCUCUUCCUUUCCCACGUCACUUCCAGCAGCUAGUCGAGUCAGUGACCGUAGGACACUAACUACUGAGUAACCUCAGCAUCUUGUUCUCCUCAGUGUACCGAAACAUACCUUUCCUUCCUAACAGCCGAAUUUGUUGUAAGUAGAAAAUUUCUCUUCUCUGUUAAUGAGACUGAUACUUGAACAUAAUGAUCACAAUCAAGUUUGGAAAUUAAAAAAAAAAAAUAAUAAAAAAAUAAAUGCAUUGAUUCUUUAUAUGUACACUGGCUAAAAAUAUUGCUCUACACUGUAACUUUUAAGUGUAAUAUUUCUGUAUGAAUGUCGCCUGGUAGUGUGGGUUUGAGUAGCAUUGUGUAUGGGUGAACCCACUGGCCUCUGCCAUCCACUGGCCUCCCUCACAGCCCUUUGAAAAACAAAGCCUUAAGUAUUUGCUCCUUGAACUUUCCUUAACGAGCAUGGUUUAAAAUCUUAAGACAUCAUACAAAAUUUAAAAAAAAAAAAAAAUAACAAGUUUUGAAGUGACGUCAUAGUUGGCUAGAGAUUCUUAAAAGUUUUUCGUAAAUGGAAAAAUUAGAAAACAUUUAUUUGUAUUUUUUUAAUUUAGACGUGUAGUCCUGGGCUGUAACAAAUAUUUAGGUUUCAAAGCUUAGCAGAGUACGUUUUCUGACUCCUUGCGUAAGUUAGUACACUUAUAUCAUGUCAUUAUUUAAAUUCUUUUAAGUGUACUAUAAACCGUUCUUUAGUGGUAACUCUUUAGCAAAGUUAAGCAAUUUGACUAAAGACGGAUUAAAUUAUGUGUUGGCUUGUGUUGCCUUAUAUUUAAAAAGGAAAAAUUGCCUGAUUGUGUUAUGCCAAAUGAUAGCAACAUGAAGUCCUAAUUUAUUGUUUAUAAUCGUAUUCCUGCAGUCUUUGUGAAAACUGGUAAAUAUACAUCUAUGAAAGAACUAAAAUCCUGAGGCUUUUCAUGCAAUAUUUUUCUGAAUACAUUAUAUUGGAAGCCAAGGUUCGAGUCUGAAGCUGCUUCCCUUACAGUCUCCCCGCCGUCUUCCCUGUCCUACUCCCCCAAAUCGAUCUAGGGCUGUGCUAUGACUUCAACCUUUCCUGCCGAGUUAGUUACUGUAAGGUGUUCUGCUACCUGAAUACAUACCUUUUUACUAAAUAAAAUAUUGGCAUCUCCUCUGUUCAGUAGCCUGCUACAACUCUCAACCCAGACUGUUAUUAAAAGCUAAUUUUUUCCUCCUGCUCUUCUCCUGAGAGAGAGACUGAGUAGAGUCCCGUGUCGUGGUGU